UUUGGCUGUUGAAUUUUCCUGCCAUUUUCAUUUCUUGCAUUUUGUUUUUUGCAUUUAAAUAUUGUAAGAAUAACUAUUUCAUGGGAAAUUGUGGGAUUAUGAAGGGAAUUAUUGUGGAUUUUCUGCAAUAUGACAUAUUACAGAGUUUUUUUUUAAUAUUUGGAAAUCAAGAUUUUUGUUUUCUGUUUGGCUGUUGAAUUUUUCUGCCAUUUUCAUUUGUUGCAUUUAAAUUUUGUAAGAACAUGUAUUACAUGGUGAAUUCUUGAUGAAAAAUAUGUCUGUUUUAAGGUGAUGUGAUUCAUUUGUUUCAUUGCACAAUUUUCAUAAAGUUCCAAUCUUUGUUCAACACUCAUUUUUGGUAAGAAUGCUUAUUUUAUGGGUUUUGAGGGGGAAUUAUGAUGAAAAUUUGGUUGGUUUAAGGUGAUGUGAUCUAUUUCUUUGUUCUUUGAUUGCAUAAUUUGCAUAAAGUUCCAAUCUUUGGUUCAUAGCCUUUGUUGGGUUUGAGAGUGCACUGGGUAAAAUUUCAAGAAUACUUCACCUUAAAGCUUUUCCCUUUCUUCUAACUUCUUUUCAGAAUUUGGUCCCCAAAAAGCUUUUCUGUUUCUUCUGUGAAAAUCAGGGUGUGUCUUAGAUUAUAUCUAUUGAUCUUUGUCCAAUGAAUUCUGGAUUUCCUAGGUUGGGUAUAUCAUAUUUCUAAAUUCUUUUUCCUUAAUUUUCCCUCCAAUCUUUGAUUUUGGGGUUUUGGUGUGUUGGGAUUCAUGGAUUUCCUUUGAGGUGCUAUCUGUGCGGAUAUUCUUUAUGAGGGGUUUUGGCCCCCCUUUUUUUAUCUAUUUCAUUUAGAUUUGCAUAAUUUACUUUCCCCUCAUGAGAAAAUGGCUUCUUUCCUCCUCUAUUCUUUUUCCUUUUCUUCUAUUUAAAAACCAACCGGCUUCUUUUCCUCCUCUACCAGAAGUGGUUUAAGAGUUUAAUCAUUACUUCUAAGACUUCUCAUCAAACAUGUCAUGUUGGAAGUACAUUAACGCUUUUUUUCUUUCAAUCGAAACAUAUUUCUUUUUUCUUUCAAUCUAAACAUAUUUCUUUCUGUCAUAAUGAAGGUGAAACUUACUUUGUGUAUUUAAUGCGUGGAAAAGCUUGAACCCGAAAUUGGAGGGAAUAGCUUUUUCUUGAAUUAUGAAAUCAAGAUCAGAACUUUUCUUGUUUCUUCUUUAGAUUAGUUGGAAUACUUGGCACGCUUGACCGAUGAUGUAUAGAUAUAAGGUUUUUAUACUGUAAAGUUGAUCAAAGGCUGCUGUGUUAUUUGAAUGUUUAGUCCUAUGGUUUCUGAGAUAUGGUGUUGCAUAAGAGGUUAGAUUAUGGAUUUAAUGGCUAUCAGGUCCCUCCUAUUCCUCGAGCUACCAGAUCAGCUAGGGGAAGAGGCAAUAUUAGGAAGAAAUCUGAUGGCAAUGAAAUGUGUGCUUUUGACUUGUUGACUACUGUAGCCGGGAAGUUACUGCUGGAAGGAGAAAGCACUCCAAAUUCUACUAAGACCGUUAAAGAGGAUGAAGAUACAUCUUUAAAGGAAAAAUUUUAUAAUGAAGGUAUUCGAGAGCGGGGGUUCUUCAUUUCUCCGAUUGUCUCAGAAGCUCCUGUUGUAAAUCAUUGUUUAAGCAAGUCGAAGGAUACGUUAUCUGGACCAGCAUCUGUAAUUACAAGUUCUGAUUGCUCGGAGAAGUUGGAUUCUGCAGAGCAAUUCAUAAAUUGUGAAAGCAAAAAUGAAACCGGGAACUGUUCUACUAGGGCGGAGCAUGAGGCAUCUGGUUCUGGAGAUUUUUCUAGUUGUACAUUAGGCGCUGAAAGUAAAAAACAUAUGAAAAUUGAUGUGUCAAAUAAUGCAAAGAUUUUCAGCUCAGAGUUUCUUGAUCUUUGGGAUAGGAAACCUACAAAUCUUGUUGCUUCGAUACAACACUGUAAAAUUAUCUCUUUCUACUGACCCUGAUCCUUUUGGGUCAUUUCCGGUGAUCCGGAAUGAUGUAAAGUUAGCUACCAAAGAUGAUGACGAAAAUUCUUGUGGGUGCGCUCAACCUAGCACCAGAAAUAAGGCCUUCAGGCCAACACCACGUGUCGGAGAUUUUAGGAUGAGGAAGUUAAGGGACGUAAAUCCUAAAUUUGAAUAUAAGGGACAUGUCAAUGUUGAUAGUGAAACAGGGCAUGCAUACCAGAACAGGUCUCAGAGGGAUUUUCCUUUCAAGAAAAGAAAGCUCUAUUAUUGUAACUCGUUUUCUAAUUCUGAUGGAGGGAGUAGUGAUAGAAUAUGUAGUUCUCCAACAAAAGACAUAAAUAGAGAUGCCGCCGGUUAUAGUCUAGCAUCUUCAGGAGCCUGUGCAGUCGCUGGGACAUCAAUCUCCAGAGGAGCUCGUUCAUCAUUCAGGUCUAGCGAUUCCCAUGUGAAGCUCAAGAUCAAGUCUUUCAGAGUUCCUGAGCUUUUUGUUGAGAUUCCGGAAAAUGCAACGGUUGGUUCUUUAAAGAGGACCGUAAUGGAAGCAGUGACUGCAAUACUUGGCGGUGGGCUGCACAUUGGUGUAAUUUUUCAGGGUAAGAAGGUUAGAGAUGACAACAAAACCUUAUUGCAGGCUGGAAUUUCACAUGAUGACAAACUUGAUGCUUUGGGUUUUACCCUGGAGCCUAAGCACUCUCGAGCUUCCUCAACUCUAGGUCCAGAAAGCCAUUCUCAUGUACUUCCUUGUGACACACCUCAACCACUAACAAGGGGCCCGCCUACUCCUGCUGUAAUUUGUAAUGGCAUACGACAGGGAACAUAUAAUGCCUUCUCAGAUCAUCCGGAAACAAAUCUGAGUAACUUCAUUGAAAGCGAUCAUGAUUCAGCUCCAUCCCCUCCUGAUGCCUCACUGGAGAAAGAUGCUGCAGAUUCAAGAGCAUUGGUUCCAGUUGCUGCAGUGAAUGCAGAAGCUUUGGAUGUAGUUCCAAUGCGAAAGCCCAAGCGAUCUGAAACCGCACAACGUCGCAUCCGCAGACCGUUUUCUAUUUAUGAAGUGGAAGCACUUGUUCAAGCUGUUGAGAAGCUUGGAACUGGAAGGUGGCGUGAUGUCAAAAUGCGAGCUUUUGAUAAUGCCAAACACAGAACCUAUGUCGAUUUAAAGGACAAAUGGAAAACACUGGUGCACACAGCAAGAAUAUCUCCUCAACAAAGGAGAGGUGAGCCUGUGCCUCAGGAACUUCUUGAUAGGGUACUCAUUGCUCAUGCUUACUGGUCCCAAAAACAAGCUAAGCAACAUAUGAAACAUCAAUCCGAGACGCGUCUUUUGCUUUAAAGAAGGUUGUAAAGGAUAAACUGGCUGCAGAAACUGGAGAAAGAUAAGUAAGUAGAUGGGGUUUGGAGAAUUUUUUUGAUUUGUUAAUAAUAAUAUUUUGUAAGUGUAAAGGUUAUAACCAGGGGAAGUAAAUUAGUUAAAUUACAUUUAGCAAGGAAGUUGGGGUUGGUACUUGUACAUGUUUGAAAAUAAAGUGCUCGCUAACACAAAUUUUUGUAUGGGGGUUUUGUAAUUUUGCUUAAAUUGUUGGGUUUUUUUACAAGAAAUUCUUAUCUUGGCAAUUGUAGUUUAUUGUUCAA